UCCACUGACGUGUGCGUCCGGUCCUCUGACGGCACCUGCCUCCUUAAAAGCCCUCAGUAACGCGCACCCGAGACCACCAUCUUUUCAUCCUCAUCAUUCUCCACGGUGCUGAGGGACGACGAGGAUUCUUUAACUUGCUUUUUUCCCCCUCCUCAGCUGUGCCAGCACAUGACUCCAGAAACACGCAAGGUCUCCAUGCCUCCCCGUUCCUAGCGGCUGACCGGAGCGACGAUGACCAUCCACGUUGAGGGACUUGUGGCGAUCGCGGUCUUCUACCUGCUCAUUCUCUUCGUGGGUAUCUGGGCAGCAUGGAAGAACAAGCACUCGGGGGAGGCGGAGGGCACCGACCGCAGCGAGACCAUCAUGGUGGGCGGCAGAGACAUUGGGCUGUUCGUGGGGGGAUUCACCAUGACAGCCACUUGGGUUGGAGGAGGGUACAUCAAUGGCACUGCCGAGUAUGUGUACCUGCCUGACUAUGGUCUGGCCUGGGCUCAAGCUCCAUUCGGAUAUGCACUCAGUCUAGUCGUCGGUGGCCUGUUCUUCGCCAAGCCCAUGCGCUCUCGGGGUUACGUCACCAUGCUGGACCCCUUCCAGCAACUCUAUGGGAAACGCAUGGGAGGUCUCCUCUUCAUACCCGCACUGAUGGGUGAGAUCUUCUGGUCAGCUGCCAUCCUGUCUGCCCUGGGUGCGACCCUCAGUGUGAUCGUGGACAUCAACAUUAAGAUGUCAGUGGUCAUCUCCGCGCUUAUCGCCAUCUUCUACACGCUGGUGGGCGGGCUGUACUCUGUGGCCUACACGGAUGUGGUGCAGCUCUUCUGCAUCUUUGUGGGGCUGUGGAUCAGUGUCCCCUUCGCACUCACCAACCCUGCAGUGGCCGACAUCACCGUGACGGCAGUUAAGCAGGUUUACCAGUCACCUUGGAGAGGCAGCGUCCAAAAAGACGACACCUGGGUGUGGCUCGACAAUUUCUGCCUCCUGAUGCUCGGCGGGAUUCCGUGGCAGGUCUACUUCCAGAGAGUCCUGUCUGCAUCGUCGGCCACCUACGCGCAGGUCCUCUCCUUCCUGGCUGCGUUCGGAUGCCUCGUCAUGGCUGUCCCCUCUGUUCUGAUCGGAGCCAUCGGAGCCUCCACAGAUUGGAACCAGACAACCUACGGGGCUGUUCCACCCAAAGACCGAGAGCAGGCCGAUAUGAUUCUGCCAAUUGUGCUCCAGCACCUCUGUCCACCCUUUGUGUCCUUCUUCGGCCUUGGUGCCGUGUCCGCAGCGGUCAUGUCAUCAGCCGACUCCUCCAUCCUGUCAGCCAGCUCCAUGUUUGCUCGGAACAUCUAUCAGCUGGCCUUCAGACAGUCGGCGUCAGACCGGGAAAUCGUUUGGGUGAUGCGUAUCACGAUCUUUGUCUUUGGCGGUCUCGCCACUGUGAUGGCUCUGGUGACCGGGACUGUGUAUGGACUUUGGUACUUGAGCUCCGAUCUGGUUUACGUCAUCAUAUUCCCCCAACUCCUCAGCGUGCUCUUCGUCAAAGGCACCAACACGUACGGCUCGGUGGCCGCCUACCUGUUUGGGAUGGUGCUGCGAAUCGGAGGAGGGGAGCCUUACCUUCAGCUGCCGCCCUUCAUCUACUACCCCGGCUGGAUCAUUGAGCAGAGGAAGCAUCACAUCACCGGAGAAAUGGAGGAUAUCGUCAUUCAAAAGUUUCCCUUCAAGACGGUGUCAAUGAUCGCCUCCUUUUUAGGAAACGUGGCGUUCUCUCACCUGGCCAAGUAUUUGUUCGAGAGCGGCAAACUGUCGCACAAGUACGACUUUCUGGACGCAGUGGUGUCCAAGCACAGCGGGGAGAUCAUGGAUAAGACAACGCUGGUGGCACGUGGCAACAACAUUGGGCUGUCGGAGAUGGCGCCUGUAAAACCUCGAUUGAGCGUGACCUUGGCGGCCGCCUUCACUCGCCGUGACACACUUCCAAAGGAAACAGUGGAAGAGGAGGAGGAGUCCAGUCCUGACACAUCCCAGCACGAUGAUGAGUAACUGGAUGCAGGUAAGAACGACUGCCAGGACGUGAUGGGGAACCGUUAUAGUCACACUGGACGACAAGCUUUCACAUCCGCCCAAAGAGUCCGGACUUACAUCAAACGCUCGUAGAGUAGACAAUGUGUGUUCAUCAUAUUUGGGUAAGAGUGGUUUCUGUUUCUCGUCACCAAGGUACGCAGAGACGAAAGGGCGUGAAACAGUUUCCUGUCAGAUGCAAAUGAGAGCACAAGCCACGUUUGCAUGGUCUAGAAUCUACUUGUCGCCAAAAAGCAAGCAAUAACACAACACUGCGGUGAGGAAGGGGUGCGUGUGAAAAAAUGAUUUUUUCUAAAACGUGUCCACACAAUGUCUCUUGUCGUGUGCUUCAAUCAUAUAAUUCUCAUUUAUUAAUGCUGCAAAAAUACCGUAAUUUCUGGACUAUAAGCUGAUACUUCUUUCUCAUGGUUUGCCAGCUGCAGCUUAUACAACGACUCGGCUAAUACAUGGAUUUUCACAGGCUGCGUCAUGCGGCCAAAAUACUGAGCCUCGCCACAUCAAACCGAUGAAUUUACAGAUGUUUUAUUUACUAUAAAGCAUUCAAAAUGUUUCGCCCACGUGUCCACAGCAGAGACCAGCUGUGGUGUCAGAACUUCCUACAUGCAGGUGAAAAAGGCGCAUUUUGAGCGCUUUAAUGUAAAUAAAAGAUGUGAGGAGUUCAGGAUUCAAGUUCAGAACAUUGCCCAGUUUGUUUCAUGAGUCAGUCUCGAUGCUGGAACCCGUUUCCAAAACUAGUUUAUACGUGAUCACUGUCCUUUCUACACAACAGACAGCACCACUGCACCCACGGCUCAUAGACCGACUUAUGUAUGAACAAGAUCCAUUUUCCUUCUUUUAUUUAGUGGAUGUGGCUAAUAUUCCGGUGCCCUCUAUAGUCCGGGAAUGACGGUAAUAAAUCAUUAUAAAUGCAGUCCAGCUCAAAUAUUUAAAGACUUUGCACUGACAAGUAGUUGUGUAGAUAAUUACUUUAUAAUAACCGUCGACUCUAACUGUGACUCGAGAAACAAAGCCAUGUUAUCAUGCCAAGUAGAACAUAUACAAGCUCUAGUGAUGGUAGUUUACUUGAAGCUAAUGUUGUAUUUAAUGUGUAGUGACAGAUGAUUCAUGUAAAAGACGCUGCAAUAGUUUUAAACAAGUCUUCUAUUCUACUGCCUUAAAAAUCAUCGAGCAAUUUGUUUGUACAGUUGACCGUGAUCUGGUCGCGUGAACAACCAUGGAAUAUGAAUGUAAUCUCUGUAAUGUUGUACAGCAAAUACAGUACUGCUCAAUAGAUGUGUGUGGUAGGUUGUUAGAUUUACUGUGAUCAAGUGUUGCUGAGUAAUGCGGUCGACUGUGUUGCUUCAUGACUCUGUGUUGUGUUGUACAGAUGACUAAGUCUGUCAUGUUUGUAAAGAUAAAUAUGAAGGUGAAAAUAUUGCUAUGAAACAACGCUGUUACAUAUUAUACAUAUUGGUGUACAAAUGUAAAUGUUUAUAUAUUUUUGACGGAAA